GUAGCUGUAGUAGCUGUAGUAGGUGUAGUAGCUGUAGUAGCUGUAGUACCUGUAGUAGCUGUAGUAGCUGUAGUAGCUGUAGUACCUGUAGUAGGUGUAGCAGCUGUAGUAGCUGUAGUAGCUGUAGUAGGUGUAGUGCCUGUAGUACCUGUAGUACCUGUAGUACCUGUAGUACCUGCAGUAGCUGUAGUAGCUGUAGUAGCUGUAGUAGGUGUAGUGCCUGUAGUAGCUGUAGUACCUGUAGUAGGUGUAGUACCUGUAGUACCUGUAGUAGCUGUAGUAGCUGUAGUAGCUGUAGUAGCUGUAGUAGCUGUAGUGCCUGUAGUACCUGUAGUACCUGUAGUAGGUGUCGUAGCUGUAGCACCUGUAGUAGCUGUAGUAGGUGUAGUAGCUGUAGUAGCUGUAGUACCUGUAGUACCUGUAGUAGCUGUAGUACCUGUAGUAGCUGUAGUACCUGUAGUAGCUGUAGUACCUGUAGUAGGUGUAGUAGCUGUAGUAGCUGUAGUAGCUGUAGUAGGUGUAGUGCCUGUAGUAGCUGUAGUACCUGUAGUACCUGUAGUACCUGUAGCCUGUACCUGUAGCUGUAGUAGCUGUAGUACCUGUAGUACCUGUAGUAGCUGUAGUAGUAGUGUGUAGUAGCUGUAGUAGCUGUAGUAGCCUGUAGUAGCUGUAGUAGUGUAGUAGGUGUAGUGCCUGUAGUAGCCUGUAGUACCUGUAGUAGUAGCUGUAGUACCUGUAGUAGCUGUAGUAGCUGUAGUACCUGUAGUACCUGUAGUAGGUGUAGUACCUGUAGUAGGUGUAGUAGCUGUAGUAGCUGUAGUAGCUGUAGUAGGUGUAGUGCCUGUAGUAGCUGUAGUACCUGUAGUACCUGUAGUACCUGUAGAAGGUGUAGUAGCUGUAGUAGCUGUAGUAGCUGUAGUAGGUGUAGUGCCUGUAGUACCUGUAGUACCUGUAGUACCUGUAGUAGGUGUAGUAGGUGUAGUGCCUGUAGUAGCUGUAGUACCUGUAGUAGGUGUAGUACCUGUAGUAGCUGUAGUAGCUGUAGUACCUGUAGUACCUGUAGUACCUGUAGUAGCUGUAGUACCUGUAGUAGGUGUAGUACCUGUAGUACCUGUAGUAGCCGUAGCACCUGUAGUAGCUGUAGUAGGUGUAGUAACUGUAGUAGGUGUAGUAGCUGUAGUAGCUGUAGUACCUGUAGUAGCUGUAGUACCUGUAGUAGGUGUAGUAGCUGUAGUAGCUGUAGUGCCUGUAGUAGCUGUAGUAGGUGUAGUGCCUGUAGUAGCUGUAGUAGGUGUAGUGCCUGUAGUA